AUGACGGGAAGCAGGAGGCCUGCCCGAGGAGCCCGAGGAGCUCGCGUAGAACCACGGAAUCAUCACGGUAUUCCACCCGCUCCCAGACCAAAGAGACGCUACAAGCCCGGCACCGUCGCCCUGCGCGAGAUCAAACGAUACCAGAAAUCUACCGACCUUCUGCUGCUGAAGUUGCCCUUCCAGCGGGUAGUCCGCGAGGUUGCCCUAAGCGUCUCGCGUAUCGAUGGCCCAUUGCGCUGGCAGAGUCAAGCUAUCGUGGCAUUGCAAGAAGCGAGCGAAGCCUUCCUAGUAGGCCUGUUCCACGAUGCCAACCUUUGCGCUAUUCACGCCAAGCGCGUCACGAUUCAGCAGAAGGACAUUCAGCUUGCGAGGCGGUUGAGGGCGGCCUGGGGCGCGCCUGUAUGA